GGCUACUUCAUACUCUAAACUAAUGUCUGCUUUGGCCACUUUGCACUCGGGCGGUUACUAGGAAAAGUGAGUCAGCCUCGCAUCAGUGAAACAAAUGCGAUUUGACCACGUACUUUCGAGGACCAGAGCACCGGUCAUUAAUUCCCUCCCCGUCAUUUCUCUGCUCGAUUCAACCGGGACCUUCAUGACGCAAGAAAGUGUCAGAGGAAAACGAAACGGCCGUGUGUAUAAAAUGCGGCAGGUGGAGGAGAACAAGAGCAGAGGUGGAAGAGCUCGUGCAUGUCUGAACAACACGAGGAGAGAAGAAAAACUUUCUUUUUUCUGUCUUUAAAGCUUCAGGAGGUUUUUUUUUUUUCUUCCUUUCGGGCUGUUUUGGUUCCAGCACCUCGGACAGCAUCUUUUGAGGUUCACACACCUACGACAAUAUGAAGAACACUAGGAGAUCAGUGAGCACUUCACAGUUAUUCUUUAUGGCUGUGUGUAGCGUGCUGUGCUGCAGGACGCUUUCAGCUCCCCCGGCCAUCAACUCAUACUCUGCCAUCAGGUCAGGCAGUCUGAACAGUGUUGGUGACGGCGCGUGGCUAAACGAGCCUUCUCAGGAUCUGGAAGUGUAUAAGCUUCUGUAUGAAAUUGCAAACACAGUGGAAAGACCACCGAGACACGCUGAUGGACUUUUCACCAGCGGAUACAGCAAACUCCUCGGACAACUUUCAGCCAAAGAAUACCUGGAAUCCUUACUUGCCAAGCGUGUCAGUGAUGAGCUGAGCGCGGACGACUUACGCAUGAAGCGUCACUCGGAUGCGGUGUUUACAGACAACUACAGCCGAUAUCGCAAGCAGAUGGCGGCCAAGAAGUACCUGAACUCCGUCUUAGCAGGAAAGAGAAGCCCAGAAGACGCCUUAACGCUGUCUAACAAGUCCAAAAGCACCGACUCGUCCUUACCUCCGAACUACGAGGACGAGGUCGAUCAGCUCCUCCAACAGCUCCCGCUAGUAUGACUGCUUUCCUCCGGUUAAAACGUCUUAAAACUGUGUUCGCAAGAAGGUCUGACUCACGACUAAUCCACUAACACUGGUGUUUGCUUAAUUAACACUGCUUUUGCUGCCUUUUCAUCGCUCGCUUACAUUACUGUAGAGGGACUACUUCACUAUUCCUCUGUAAAUCUGAAGAAAUAGCUUUAAGAGCUUGAAUACAAUCCACUGCUCAAACAUCACACGUUUUUGGGGUUCAGUAUUUUCAACAUUCGUGCAGCACGUCAUCAAUAAACUGAAAUGCAAUCUCUGUUGCUGCUUUCUUUCUGUCUUUCUUUCUUCCCCCCCUUCCAGAACAUCUAGAUGAUGAUGACUUCAUCUGGCACCUUAAGUAUUGGACCUAUAAUCCGGUUACUGUAGAACAAACAAACCAAAUCGUUUCAACAUGUUGUGUGGCAAAGUUAAUUAUUGUUGUACCUGUUCCUCAAAGAGCUAUUUUUGAUUUAUUUAUUUUUUAAAGUCACGGCUGGUGUCUGAAAAUGUAUUGUAUCCAAAAUGAAAGAAUAAAAA